AUGGCUCUUCAGGAUGUGUGCAAGUGGCAGGCCCUCGACACCCAGGGGCCAUCCCCUCACUUGCCUGAGGCUGGUGGCUGGGCUGUGCCCCGGGGCUGUGACCCUCAAGCCUUCCUGCGGAUCCACGGCCCCAGGCUGGCCCAUGGCACCACCACCCUGGCUUUUCGCUUCCGUCAUGGUGUCAUUGCUGCAGCCGACACUCGCUCCUCCUGUGGCAGCUAUGUGGCAUGUCCAGCCUCACGGAAGGUCAUCCCUGUGCACCAGCACCUCCUGGGUACCACCUCUGGAACCUCUGCUGACUGUGUCACGUGGUAUCGGGUGCUCCAGCGGGAGCUGCGGCUUCGGGAACUGAGGGAAGGCCAGCUGCCCAGUGUGGCAGGCACAGCCAAACUCUUGUCAGCUAUGCUGUCCCGAUACCGCGGCCUGGAUCUGUGCGUGGCCACUGCCCUGUGUGGCUGGGACCACUCUGGCCCUGCCCUCUUCUAUGUCUACAGUGAUGGCACUUGUCUGCGGGGUGAUAUCUUCUCUGUGGGCUCUGGAUCUCCGUAUGCCUAUGGCGUGCUUGACCGUAGCUACCGCUAUGACAUGACCGUUCAGGAAGCCUACGCCCUGGCCCGCUGCGCUGUGACCCAUGCCACCCACCGUGAUGCUUAUUCAGGGGGCUCAGUGGACCUUUUCCACGUCCGAGAGACUGGCUGGGAGUAUGUGUCCCGCAGUGAUGCCUUUGUGCUGUACAUGGAGCUGCAGAAAACCCCAGGCUUGGAGCAGGAACAGGAGCUGGAGGCAGAAGCCAGUCAAGUCCACCCUGAGUCUGCCACUCCACAAGAUGCUGAAGAAGGUGGAGAACUCUUCGUGGAGCCAGAGGAGAUGACGACAGGAGACUCCAGGAUAAUAAUAGCAAAGACCAAAAUGAUGUGA